UAAUCACAAAUGUCGAGAUGCGCCAAGUAUUAGUGCGGUUCGACCGUUGAAUAUAGCUAUAACUUUAACAAUGUUAGUGUAUCCGUGUGUACGCUAAAUUUUUUUAGCACUAGCAACCGUAAGACGAUACCGCACGUUAGUAGAGCUUACUUCACUGACGAUAACUUCACAGUUGACAUGUCAAACUUGAAUCAAAUGAGAGUGACAUUCUCUCGCAGACCAAACGUGUCGUACAAAUACUUGCGACGCAAUGAACCAACAGAAAGAGUGACUACGCUUGCGCGAACUAUGGUCAACAAGUCGUCUCACGAAUGUUAUUUCGUGAGAAAUUACACAUGUUGAAUUUUUUCCGUGUUAUGUCAAUAGCCUAAUCGUAGGCGAUUUCAUCCUGACAAAGUCAUUAAAAUACAAGUGUUACGGUCUCACGAAGGAGUAUAUUGCGCCGUGUCAUAUCACUUAUGUUGAAUAAUGCAAUUUACGUUCGAAUUUAUAGUAGGCGAGACGGAAAUUAUAUAAUUCACGAUCGAUCGUCCAGGAGGAAGGACAUGUACAAAUUUUUGUCAACUUUAUCGCGGUCAGAUGUGUCUCGAUGUUCGUAAAGAAAUGAUUAAUAUCGAGUCUCAACAUUUUAGCCUUAAUCGGAUUCUUUUGCUCGCGGUGGGCUUGUGGCCUUACCAGCGCACGAAAUUCGUUCGAUUACGAGUCGUCUUACUUUUUAGCAUUCUAAUUGGGUUUAUUGUAUUUCAGCUUACACCGUUUAUGACCGUACAACUUUCUCUUAACCUUGUUGUUAAAGUUUUCUCUACCAUGUUAUUACUCGCUACUUUUGCGAUUAAAUACAACUCAUUUUUAGUUAACAUCCGAAACGUAAAGUAUUUAAUGGAGCAACUUCAGUGUAUAUGUGAUGAAUUGAGAGAUGAGAACGAAAUUGCUAUUUUAGAAAAAUAUGGCCGAGAUGCGAAACGUUAUACAAUUAAUAUUUUACUUUUGACCGCAACCAGUCUAGUUAUUCUUAUUGUCCAACCACUCGGGCGAUGCAUUUAUAAUAUUCUACCGUUUACAAACGGGUCUCGAUCAUAUUGCACCGUACCGAUUAUAACUGAAUAUUUCAUCGAUCAAGAAAAAUAUUUUUAUAUUAUUAUACUGCAUAUGAGUGCAGCUUUUUCUAUAGGAACGAUUAUAUUGAUAGCAACAGGAACAUGGCUGGUAGUGUCUCUUAAACAUGCUUGCGGUAUAUUCAAGAUUGCCAGUUACCGCAUUGAACGGGCGAUAACAAAUAACUCUUUGAAGAAUAACAAUCUGAAGAACAAGAUUACGAUUUAUAAAAGAAUAAUUUAUGCAGUAGAAAUUCAUCGCAAAGCCAUGCAGUUCGCAGGAAAUGUAAUAAAUAAGUUUGACAGUACAUUCUUCUUUUUAAUUACCUGUGGUGUGGCUUGCUUAAGUUUUAAUCUUUUCCGCAUCUUUCAGAUAAUGUCGUUUAGAAAAAAUAUGGAGGAAAUGAUAUUACAUCUUUUGUUAGGAAUUGUCAUUAUUAUAUAUAUGUUUUUAGCCAACUAUGCCGGACAGGAAAUUACUGAUCAUAAUAAUCACGUAUAUCUUACAGCGUACAACGUUUGCUGGUACAUAGCACCUUUACAUGUGCAGAAACUGAUUUUAUUUCUAUUGCAAAGAGGAAGUAAAACAUUCAGCCUGACCGUAGGCGGCUUGUUUACAGCAUCCUUGGAGUGUUUCGCUUCGUUGGCGAGUGCGUCGGUAUCAUACUUUACCGUUAUGUAUUCUAUGCAACAGUGAUAUAGUCAUCAUUCAAUAUCGUAAUAUAGUAGGUAAAUGUUAAAAAAGCAUUCGUAAAAAAAACGUAGUUCAUGAAUUUUGCAUGAACGCUACAGUUGAAUAAACUUACGCAAGAUACAUUUCGAUUUUUUAACUCGUUAAUGCUACUUAUUGUGUGGGCCAUUUAUUGGAUACCUUUA